AGUUGCACUUUGCAUUCAGUCGAGAAUUGAACUCAGAAUGCCGUACAGACCAGCAAGCUUCUACGAUGCCGACCUCAAGGUUUGGAGCAGUGGCAAAUUGGAACACUACUUUGACCCACAUCUGUCCAUCGGGGAGAUAAUCUUCGAAGAGAUGCGGCGCCAUCCGCAGCUCAUAGCCCAGAUCUCAGCCACGGAGAACACCAUUCUGACCAGGGCCGAACUGCAUGACAACUCGAUGCGUGUGGCCAGCUAUAUGCGAUCCCUGGGCCUACUCCAAACCGAUGUGGUGGGCAUUAUAGCCAGGAAUACCACCCACAUGUCCGCCGUGGCCUACGCCUGCUUCUUUAAUGGAAUAGCCUUCCACUCGCUCAACAUCUCAUAUGAGCGGAGUACCAUCGAGAAGCUGUUCAACAUCACCAGGCCACGACUCAUUUUCUGCGACGGGGAUGAGUUUGAGCAGGUUCGAGCUGCCACAGCUCACCUGGAUGUAAAGAUAGUUACCAUGCGAAAUCAUCUUUCGGACUCCAUUCGGAUCGAUGAAGUUCUGGCCACUCCCAUUGAGGAAAACUUCCUGCCAGCUAAACUGGAACAGGGAAAUGACCAGACUUUGGCCAUUCUUUGCUCCUCUGGCACAACGGGAGUUCCCAAGGCAGUAACAGUUACCAAUAGUCGACAGAUCCUCAAUUCCAGCAACUCUUUGACCACCAACGACGUGCAGUACACCCACAGCACUCUAGACUGGAUCACUGGACUACUGACCACCGUCACAUCCGGGGUGUUCAGCACAAAACGCAUCAUAGCCGACAAUGUCUUCGAUCCGGCCUUCUUUAUGCGACUCGUCGAGGAGCACCAGAUCACAUGGAUUAUUCAGGCGCCCACCCACAUGGCCAUGAUGGCUAACUGCCCAGCCUUUGGCACGUCCGACUUGUCGAGCCUUAAGUAUUACCUCUUCGGCGGAUCUCGGGCCUCCGUGGAGACGCAACACCGCAUUAGGAGUCGAUUGAGCAGGGAUUGCCUGCACUUUGCCUACGGAUUCACAGAGUUGGGCAGCAUGGCCUCCAUCAACUUGCACUAUGACGAGAAACCCAAUUCGGUGGGUCGCUUGGUGGCGGGAAUUAGGCUGAAGGUCAUCUGCGAGAAGGGAGAGUCCCUGGGACCCGAUGAGGUGGGCGAGCUGUGCCUGUGCAAUGAUCAGCAUUGGGCUGGUUACUACGGCAAUCCGGAGGAGACGCACAAGAUGCGAGACGCUCAGAUGUGGUUCCACAGUGGGGACCUGGGAUACGUGGAUGACGACGGGUUCGUGUACGUGGUGGAGCGCAAGAAGGACAUGCUGAAGUACCAGAACAUCAUGUACUAUCCCAACGACAUCGAGAAAGUCAUCUCUGCGAUGCCGGACGUGGCCGAGGUCUGCGUCUUCGGGGUGUGGAAUCAGAUGGUCGGGGAUGAGGCCGCCGCCGCCGUGGUGAAGAAACAGGGAAGUGGACUCAAGGCCCAGGACAUUGUGGAUUACGUGGCUACACACAUCGACGCCAAGUACAAGCACCUACACGGAGGAGCCAUCAUCAUGGAGGAUCUGGUGCGCAGUCCGAAUGGCAAAACCAACCGCUUGGCCACCAAAGCGUAUUUCUUGGAGGUCAAGAACUCCACAUAAAUCUAAAAAAUUGUCAUACUAUAUUUUUGUAUCAAAAAACUGUCACAAACUUUAACUUAGCUAGAGCAACCAAAUGUGUUAAUACUAAAUUUAGUAGAAACCAAAUCAUUUAUUAUUCUAGGCUAAAUGCCGAUCUAUAUAUUAUAUCUUAUGAAAUGAAACAGUUUUCUCGAAAUAGAUUGAUACUUUACUAAAUAAAUUAAAUCUAAGUCAGAG